CUCGUGCUGACGAAAGAAACACUGGUUGGAAAUCUCUAGCAUGCGAUGCUUUUCUCAUCUCUGUUAUUACAACAAAACAAACAACAAAUACUCAGGCUUUAAUUUGGAUUACAUAUCGCAUGCGAGCUGGCAUCGCCGAGCAACUGAUACAGAUUUUGUGUGUGCUCAAGGAUUGAGUGACGCCGAGUGGGGUUGACCCAGUGAGAUAGGUAACCUGGGGGGGAGAGGGUUGGGGGUUGAGGGUGAGGAGUCUGUUAUCUGCGGUGAUUAAUUCAAUUUUAAUCUUUAUUUUUAAAAAAAUGAAAAUGGGUUUCUCAAGCUACUACGUCCCCCGUACACCUCUGAUAUCACCCACAGGAGGUUACAACAGCAGUUUACGAGAGUGUAGUGAAGGGCCGGCAGGCAGGCUUUAAUGUGGAUGGAGUGCAAUGUGGACGUAGCGUUUAAAACAACUCUCCAGUUUACAAUAAUCUUUCUUGAUGCACACAUUAGAUAUAAAAAACAAAACAAAAAAAGAAACACGCACAUUUAUGUCGGAAGUGUCAAGUUACCUAAAAGAACUUAUUUGAGUCUGACGUUAUGAUUCUGGCUCCUUGAAUUGGAUGAGCCAAGUUUUCUGAUUGAAAGAAAUAGAAACCUUGGUUGGAUCUUUUUGUGAAAUGUAAUGCGUGCUCGAGACAUUUGUUUAGGUAGGUAAACAAAAAUAAAUAAAUAUAUGUCUAUAUCCUUAAGAGGCAAUUUGAUUUCACGCUUGUGAAGAGUAAACUGUAGUCAAAACAUAUGAAGUAAAUAUCAAUUAGAAGAAGUCGACUCCCGAUAUCUGUAGUAGGACUCGCCAUCAGUGGCAUGUGGCUCGGAUUAGUAGCCCGCCCCCCAUCCAGGGAAGGCCAAGGAUAUUUGUCGCUAUUUGAGCUUCACAACUCUCUGUUGCAUGCAUCACUACUCACUAUUACAUGCUUCACUACUCUCUGUUGCAUGCCUCAUUACUCACUAUUACAUGUUUCACUACUCUCUGUUGCAUGCCUCACUACUCACUAUUACGUGGUUCACAACUUUCUGUUGCAUGCCUCACUACUCACUAUUACAUGUUUCACUACUCUCUGUUGCAUGCAUCACUACUCACUAUUACAUGUUUCACUACUCUCUGUUGCAUGACUCACUACUCACUACUACAUGUUUGUCUACUCUCUGUUGCAUGCCUCACUACUCACUACUACAUGUUUCACUACUCACCAUUACACGCCUCAUACUUACUAUUACACGCGUCAGUACGCUCUCUAUAUAUUACAAUUAAUAAAUCCCCAAUGGUGUCUUAAUGCAUUAUCCUUAAUAAAUCACUAGCUCUUGCUCAAAUAUCAUCAUUUAUCAACGAAUUUAUCACAAUUAUUUGGAUUAACAUCUGACCACUAUCCUCUUCACUAAUCGCGUAUACACCCUUUCUUUCUCACUAUUACACGACUCACUACUCACUGUUACAAGCUUCACAUCACUUUAUAAUGUCUCACUACUCACUAUUUUAAUGAUUCACUAUUCUUUGUUAUACAACCACUACUCACUAUUACAUGGCCCAAUACUUACUACUCACUAUAACUAUUCCAUUACUCACUAUUACACGCUUCACUAAUUAUUAUUAUAUGAUUCACUACUCACCAUUACACACCUCACUAUUACAUGCCUCACUACUCACUAUUAUACGCUUCGAUAUCACUAUUAUAUGCUUCACUACUCACUAUUACACGCCUAACCAGUCACUAUUACACUCCUAAUUACUUACUAUUACUCAACCCCUACUCACUAUUACAUGCCUCACUACUCACUAUUAUACGCCUCACUACUCACUAUUACAUGCCUAAUUACUCACUGCUACACACCUUACUGCUCACUAUUACAACUUCACUACUGACUAUUAUCAGCCUCACGACGUUCUAUUACUCGCCUUAUCACACAAUAUUACGCGUCUGGUUACUCACUACUACACGCCUCACAGUUCACUAUUACACGCUCUACUGCACAGUAGCUCCAGGCCUUAGGACUCGACGACGAUGGGAGAUUGCCCUCUACCUGUCGCUGCUGUUUGGGGUCGGUCUGUUGGUGUUUGAGACCCUUCGUAAGUCAAUUUACGUAACUACAGUAAAGACUUAACAACAGUUUAGUGGACUCGCCCUUUGGCUUGGUUUGGAAUAUAAGGUGGGGAUUAGGGGGGGGGGGGUGGUAUUGGGGGGGGGGGUGGUGGUGGCGUGAGUGGCAAACUCUUACUUUAAUGUUAUUGAGUUUAAUAGAGCAAUAGGGCUAACUAUGUAGGAGACAUAUAAGCUAGCGGGACUAUUUGGCUUUAAAGAUUGCAAAGGCAUUGUACGUGUGUCGGCUGUCAGAUGAACUGUGAGAUCUGUGAUAUAUGUUAUAACUGUGUUAUCUGUGAUAACUGUGAUCUAUGUGAUGUCUGUGAUCGAUGUCAUAUCUGUAAUAUCUGUGAUAACUGUGAUCUAUGUGAUAUCUGUGAUUUAUGUGAUAUCUGUAAUAUCUGUGAUAACUGUGAUAUAUGUGAUAUCUGUAAUAUCUGUGAUAACUGUGAUCUAUGUGAUAUCUGUAAUAUCUGUGAUAACUGUAUUAUCUGUGAUAACCGUGAUCUAUGUGAUAUCUGUGAUUUAUGUGAUAUCUGUAAUAUCUGUGAUAACUGUGAUAUCUGUGAUAUAUCCAUGUGAUAGCUGUGAAAAACUGGAUUUCUGGGACACAUAUGAGAUCUGUGAUACAUGUGAGAUCUGUGAUAUAUGUGAGAUCUGUGAUACCUGUGAUACAUGUGAGAUCUGUGAUACCUGUGAUACAUGUGAGAUUGUGAUACCUGUGAUCCAUGUGAGAUCUGUGAUAUCUGUGAUACAUGUGAGAUCUGUGAUAUCUGAGAUACCUGUGCGAUCUGUGAUACAUGUGCGAUCUGUGAUUCCUGUAAGAUCUGUGAGAUCUGUAAGAUCUGUGAGAUCUGAGAUAUCCGUCUAUUAAACCCGUGCCACUGCACAUAUCCGGAUAUGCCACCCCGUACCACUGCUCAUAUCCGGCUAUGCCAUCCCCGUGCCACUGCACAUAUCCGGCUAUCAUGGGCGCCCGCAGGUAGGGGCAGGGGGCACUUGCCUUCCCCCCUGGAUUGAUUGGGUAAAACAUUUUUAGACAAAAAUAGACACAAAAUUUAUUAAGGUAAAGAGAAAAUAAAGAGAAAGUAACUAAGCUGAUGUCCUAUCCGUUCGUUCACCAUACAAAUACGCUACAGUAAAUUAAAGCUAGACUAAAAUAUUACUAAAAUUUGUUUGAACCCAACNNCCUUGGAAAGUUAAUCGAUUCCCCCCCCCCCUAGAAAGUUUUCUGCGGGCGCCAAUGCCGGCUAUGCCACCCCGUGCCACUGCUCAUAUCCGGCUAUGCCACCCCGUGCGACUGCUCAUAUCCGGCUAUGUCACCCCGUGCCACUGCACAUAUCCGGCUAUGCCACCCCGUGCCACUGCUCUAGCUUUCGCUGCUCACGCACCUGAUCAGGGCUCAUCAGGACUCGGAUAAGAAUUAUAAGUCUUCUGGAUGCUCAGUUGGAGUCCACUCACCCUAAUGUUUUAUCAGACUGCUGCAGAUAUUUCCUGCACUCGUGCUACGAGUUACUUUAAUUAUUUUCAUAAUUUCCGUCCAAUUUUCUAGAUGCAAGAACGUGGAGUGGUCUUUAUGGCGACAACAAGGCCCAGUUUGGUCGCUAUGGUGACAACAAGGCCCAGUUUGGUCGCUAUGGUGACAGCAUGGGUCAGUUUGGUCUCCAUGGUGACAGGGUGCAGAGCGAUACAGUGAGAAGUUUCUUUCAUUAAAAUCUACUUGAAACAGCCCUUUUAAACCUAGACUCAUUUCUAAUCAUUAAAAAAAAAUUUUUUUUCUCAAAUUUAAAAAAAACAACAAACAAUUCAGUCUUCGCAUCAUAUGCUAAAGCACUUCACAUGGGUUCUCCUGAUUUUUGUGUCAGUUUACCUCGGUAUUUGAACUUUACUAUUUAACGAUAAAAUCAUUUUACAACACCUGUCUGUGGGGGUUGGGGGGGGGGAGUUCAUUGAACGAGCUGAUGAUAUCAUAUUUCAGGUUGAGGAUGAUGAGAGACAGGAGGUCGAAUUAACUGAAUUCCCAGGUACAAGGCCAGAAAGCAUAGCUUCAAGAAAGUAAGUUUUCGUUAUUCUUCUACAAUUAGUUCUGUCACGCCCCUUUCUUGUCACAGUCACGCCCCUCCCUAGAUAGCUUGAACUGGUUUGUCUUUUAGUGAUGUUAAUAAUGUAACUGAAUGACGUCAUGCAUUUCUAUACGUCAUGCAUCUUUAUAAGUCAUGAAUUUCUAUAGUCAAGUAUUUCUAUAAGUCAAGUAUUUCUAUAAGUCAAGUAUUUCUAUAAGUCAUCUAUUUCUAUAAGUCAUCUAUUUUUAUAAAUUAUGUAUUUCUAUAAAUCAUGUAUUUGUAUAAGUUAUGUAUUUCUAUAAGUUAUGUAUUUCUAUAAGUCUGGUUCAAGUAUUGCUUCUAAUCCCCGUACUAUACAUCUAUAAGUCAGUGGAGUAGCUGAGGUUAAUGCCGCCCAGUGCAGGGAAGCUUUUUUGCCUAAGCCCAUCCACGAAAAUAACCUUUGAAGUUGGAGGAAAAUAACAAAAGUUGGAUAAAAAGUAUAAAAAAAAAAAACCCAAACAAACAAAUAACGCUCUAUAAGAUGGAAAUGGGGGGAGAGAGAAAGUCUUAAAAAAAUUUCCGCCCCGUGACGGGGCGCCCCUCCUUACCCCUUCUGCUACGCCCCUGCCAUAACUGCUGCCAUGUAGUGUCUAUCAGUACUGUACAGCUUUAGUUUCACAGCCUGUGGUGACUCAGUCACGCCUGUCAGAAAAUUAAGAAUGAAAUUCAACAUUUUACACCCAUACACCACAUCCCACAACCGACAAACCCUGACCCACACACCACACCCUGCACACCACACCCCGCACACCACACCCAACACCCGAACCCGCACCACACACAUCGCACCCCACACACCCCCAUCAGCACCCCGCACCCCACACAACCCCAAAACCACACGCCACACACCACACCCCGAACACCGCAUCCCGUACACCACACCCCACAAACCACACCUCACACCCCAUACACCACAAUCCGCACCCCACACCCCACACACCACACACGCCACACACCACACCAACAACCCGCACAUCCCACCCCACACACCAAACUCCGCACACCACACACCACACACAACAACCCGCACACCAUACCCCGCAUCCCACAAACCCCGACCCACACCCCACACACCAAACCCCGAACACCACACCCCGCACACCACACCCCACAACUCGCACACCACACCCCCCACCCCACACCCCCCAAACCCCGCACACCGCACCCCCCACCCCCCACCCCCCACACCCCACCCCCCUCCCACAACUCGCACACCACACCUCACACCCCACACCCCACAAACCCCGCACACCGCACCCCGCACUCCAUACCCCGAACACCACACCCCGCACACCACACCCCACAACUCGCACACCGCACCUCACACUCCACAAACCCCGCACACCGCACCCCGCACUCCAUACCCCGCACCUCACACCCCCGCACCACUCCAUGACCACAUCAUUGACAUCUGCGCAGAUCUCGCGUGAUAUGCCUUUGCAGCCUAUGGUCAAAGAUCGCCUUCCGGCCGUUGGUCUCGCACUGGAGGGUCUCGAGAAAACACCAGUUUCUCUACUGUCCCGUGGAGAAGACCGCAUCUACGUUCUGGAGGAGAUUCCUCCAUCAGCUGGAGUACACGAGCCCAAUGAGGUAACUUCGUCAAGCUAUGAAUAGAACAAUGACGCUAUGGGGGAAGUUAGGUCAAAUUAUAAAUAGACCAAUGACUCCAUGCUGUCAUUAGGUCAAACUAUUAAUAGAACAAUGACCCCGUGAGCUAAUUAAGUCAAAAAAGUUGAUAGGCCAAUGACUCAAUGAGAUUAAUAGAUACAAAUAAUGAGUAGAUUAUUUACUCUUAGGAUGAUUAGCUGAAACUAUUAACAGGCCAAAGACUCGGUCAUUUAACUUACGUCAAACUAUUAAUAGAAUAGUUAACUAAUAAGGGCCGCAAGGGAUGCUUGUGUUUAAGACGUAUGCGUCAGGGCGUAAGAUGGAGCAGUUACACCAAGUGGCGCUGCAAGAGUUUGUGAAGCCGGGGGGGGGGGGGGGGGAGGGAUGCCGAAUUUUGCCGAACCUGAUUAACGAAAAAAAAACAAUACAUACAGGAUGCACAUGCAACACAAGCAGUGUUGAGUACUUGACGUUAGCAUACAGGAUGCACAUGCAACACAAGCAGUGUUGAGUAUUUGACCGACGAUGCCGCACCAAAAUAAUUGCAGCUCGUUGCCUAAUGGCUAACGUCCCGACCCCACCCCCACCCCAACCCCUAACCCACUCUUCCUAAGCCCGUGGUUUCUUGAUGCUUAAACAAUUUCACAACUGGGUCAGAGCUCCCUAGAAGGAUUCACAACGAAUGAGAUGAUAGAUGCAUUUAUAGCGAUAGCCCAUAAAACAGUGCAAAAGAAAGAAUGAAAAUAUUGCCUGGCACCAUUCUGGUACCAGUUUUCUUCAGUAUCCCAUUCACAAACACCUGUCUGCGCAAACAAACAAACAAAUGUCACACCUACGCAUUCCAUAUGGCUACCCUUCAAAGAAACAGUUGGUAACUAGAUAUUGUAUGUAAUGUCCCGGGCGGUCCUUGAUUUCGCCUCCGCAUUGGGGCAAAACCACCAUACAUACACCAUAUUCAUAUGAAGUGCUGUAAAUUAAGUGAAGUAAACAGAAAAUGCCGCCCAAAAGUAGGUAGCGCCAGGGGCGGGCAUCUCCUCCGCACGCCCCCCCCCCCCCACACCCUUGCAUAGACGUACACAAACAGUUAAAAAUCAAUGCAUUGGUUAUUUGAGACUAUUUAGAUCUUUCUUUGAUCCACUUAUGAUUCUUCCAAUCUCAUGGUGACAACAUCUUUCUUCGAUCCCCUUAUGAUUCUUCCAAUCUCAUGGUGACAAAAUCUCUCUUCGAUCCACUUCUGAUUCUUCCAAUCUCAUGGAGACAAAAUCUUUCUUUAAUCCACUUCUGAUUCAUCCAAUCUCAUGGCGACACAAUCUUUCUUUGAUCCACUUCUGAUUCUUCCAAUCUCAUGGUGACACAAUCUUUCUUUGAUCCACUUAUAAAUCUUCCAAUCUCAAACUUUUCUCCACUGACGAACGUGGCUAUUUAAAUAAAUAUAUUCAUUGUUAAAUUAUCCAAUAGGAUUGCUCAAAUAUGCCUUUAGGCGUUCUGGCUAUUUUCAAAACCCUGUUUAUUUAGCUUGUCAUGUUAGAUGUUUGUUAGCUGUAUACUGUUGGUAGUUGUUUAAAAACCAUGUGUUCUACGUGUGGGAGUGCUAGCUAAUAGCUAAUAGCUUACCUUGUUUUAAGCUAACAAAUGAUCACUUUUUUAUUUUUGUAAUGUCUUAUUAUAAAAUUGAAAACAAAAAAAAUAAUUUUUAUAAAGAAAUUAAAGUAAGUUUAGAGUGGUGUAUAGUUAGUUUAGAAUGAAUGUAGAGUUGGGGUAGAGUGGUGUAUAGUGAUAGUAGAGUGAGUGUAGAGUGAGGGUAGGGUGGUGUAUAGUGAGUGUAGAGUAAGUGUAGAGUAAGUGUAGAGUAAGAGUAGGGUAAGUGUAGAUGUGUAUGGCUUGAAACGUUUCUCGUAGCCAGCAUUAAUGGUCACUCCAAAAUGAAGAUUUUUUUACAUAUUAUUGUUUUAUGUCCUAAGUCAUUUAAUAUCCUACGUUAUUUAGGGGCAUACACUAUUUCCUACUACAAAAUGCUCAGAUAGAUGCAUCAUGUUCUAUAGGUUGCUAUUUAUAAACAAAUCCCCUAAUCUAUGUUGUGCCACUAGUUAAAGACUUUCGUUUAACGUGAUUCGCUGUUAUUUAUACACAAAACUCUGAAUGUGUGAUGGACUACUGUGAUUAAGUUUCUCUCUUAAUGUGAUUGACAGCUUUUUAUAGACAAAACUCAUAACAUGAAAGUAUUCACUAAUUAUAGACUUUCCCCUUAAUGUGACCGGAUGAUUACGUUUAGGCCAUCUUACUCAAUGUAUUUUCCAGGUCACCGUUCGACGUGGACGUUAAGAGCCUGUACGCUUCGAGAGAUAAGAACCUGGAGGUGACAGAGUCAGGCGAGGAUCUCGCGGCGCUGUGGUCCAACACCACAAAACUCUUGUUCGUGCGCGACCCCUACUCCAGACUCUACUCGGCCUACGUGGACAAACUUCUGUCCCCCAACCCCACCUAUUGGAACAAUUGGGGCAAAACGGCGAUUCUCAAAUACAGAAACACCACCGCCGAAGCCGUGAGAGGGGACUCGUGCGGGGACGACGUGACAUUCCCGGAGUUCAUCCGGUACGCGGUGAGUCAGGACGGUCAAAGCGACACGCACGUCAUGUCUAUAUAUAGACUGUGCACGCCUUGCAAGGUCAACUACACCGUCAUCGGCAAGAUGGAGACGUUCUCGAGGGACACCAGGCACCUCUUGUCCGUCCUGCGCAUCAACGAAAGCCAGCUGGGCUUGGAGAGGAUGGCCGACGACGUCACCCGGGACGCGGUGGUCGAUUCGGUCAAGGACGCGAUGAGCCGACCGUGGCUGGACGAGACCUUGCGGUGCAUCACGAGAGCGGAUGUCGUCCGGCGGAUUUGGCGGAAGCUGCAGAUUCGAGGCUUCGUCAGCUGGCGAUUCAACUACGGUAUCGAUCCCCAAACGGUGACCGCGAUGGACGGGGCGUCCCUCGUGGAGGUUCUCAAGCAGGCCGUCAGAGCGUCCACGAACAGAACCGAGCUGGGCAUUCAAAAGAGGCAAGCGAUGGUGGAGGCGUUCAGCCGAGUAACCCCGUCCCAGAUUGCUGCCAUCAAGAGAACAUUCUUUCUGGACUUCCAAAUGUUUGACUACGACAGCAGCCCGCCAAGUCUGGCCAACAGUCGAACGGGCGUGGCUGCCAUGACGGACGCUUUUGAUUGGAGGAAAGACUGGGAUUUGUCACCCGCGUUAUAGCCCAGACCCCUGUUAGCGAUGACUUUAAUAAAUUGUUAGAUGUCGGACAAUUUUUGUGUUUAUAUUGCUGUUCAGAUUUCAUAUAAAAGAGACAUAUCUGCUUUAACCUGUUCUCGCGUAUCAUGCCAUUCUGUAUGUUACUACCCUGUAUCUUACUAUCAUAUAUCUUACUAUCAUGUAUCUUACUAUCCUGCAUCCAAUUAUACUGUACUUAACUAUCUUGUAUUAAACUAUUCUGUAUCCUACUAUCAUGUUUCCUACUAUCCUGUAUCUUUUGAUCAUGUAUCUUACUAUCUGCUGAGACCCGCUGGUGAGGCCCGCUGGGCCUUUCACUAAUAACAAUGACUCAAUGAACAAUGGAAAUUAACCUGGUCACCUUGACCCAGCUUAAACAAUGAGCGUCUGGUCAGAGCGUCAGACGCGACGCUUGAAUGCGGGACAGGACUCCAAACUUAGAGUGUAUAUUAAAGGCCCACAUCAUUUAUCGCCCUCUUUCACCGGAAGUUUAUAAGUCAGCAGAGCCUGGCUAUUUAUUGUAUUGGGAUAAAGUUUGUUUAUCAAAAAAUUAACUAGGUUCGUGUUGCUGGAUUUCAUAUGUUGCAGUUUUAUUAAGCAAUGUUAGGAUUAUAGUUACUGUUAGAUUAUGCUUGAUUAUUAAUAAUGUGUUGUGAUUUAAAUUCUUAGUUAUGUCUUAUGACUUGUAUUCGUUAUUCUCACUUCUAGCCAGUAACAGUUGAGUUAGUAGCAGUUAGCUUGAGAUUAGUACAAUUAAGUACAGUUGACUUUAGUCUCAGUAUAGUGAGCUCAUUUAAAGUCAGUACAGUUGAGUUCAGUACAGUAGAACUUAGUACAGUCGGUAUCGUAUACCGUAGUGUAUAGACCACUCAGUGCGGUGGAGUCAGUUAGUGGAGUCGGUCAUUUAGGGUCAGACACAUAAAAAAAGAACCAAGUGUCGGUUAGGCUUACUAGUACUAGAGUAGCAGAGACGGCGCAGUGACCAGCGACCAACGAGAGGGCUCUGUGUGUGUGUGUGCCAACCGUUAAAGUGUUAGAGUCUACACCUACCAGGUCGCAGUACGCGUGACCUGUUACGCCGCAGUGCGAGUAACCAGAGGCCUGUUACGUCGCAGUGAGCAGUGACCAGAGAGAGAGAGAGAUAGAGAGAGAGGCCAAACCAACCAGGCUGCUGCGUGUAUGAGUUGUGGACUUUACCUGCCUAUAGAGCAGAGGUUCCCAAAAUUUGAAGUUUGGCGGACCGGUGAACAAGUUUCGAAAUUUUACCAGGGACCGGUGUAUAUUUUAUUUCUAUACUUUUAUUUCUAUUUAACAAUAACUAUAUAUGUUAUGGGGACCGGCAGCGUUAGGCAUGCGGACCGGUGAAGGUCCACCGACCGCCAUUUGGGGACCACUGCUUUAGAGGACAGACCGCCAAUCGCAACUUAGUCAAUCCAAAAAUUUAUUACUAAGUAUUAGACAGUAAUAAGUAGUCAUUGCUUUUUAUGUGUAUGUGUGUCGUUAAUUCUUUUUGAUAAUUAAAUAUUUAUUUGUGGGC